AAGUGAAGCCAUUUCAACUUCGUCUUCUUUUUUUCCUUCUUCUCUUCAUGAAUAUAAACUCUCUCUAUGUAGGAACUAGGGUUUGAGUAACACACACACAUAUAUAUUUAUAUAUUUAUAUAUAUACUGAUCGAGUUGUUGGUGAGAGGUGGAUCAAAGAAAUGGAGCUUAGGGACAUUGGGUCGACUCUCCCACCGGGGUUCAAGUUCUACCCUAGCGAUGAAGAGCUGGUUUGCUACUACUUGCAGAAGAAGGUUGCAUGCGAUAGAGUGUCCACGGGGACUUUGGUGGAGGUGGAUCUGCACACUCAAGAGCCAUGGGAGCUUCCAGACAUAGCGAAGUUGAGUGUGGAUGAGUGGUACUUCUUUAACUUUCGCGACCGCAAGUAUGCCACGGGGUCGCGUGCGAACCGCGCAACUAGAUCGGGGUAUUGGAAGGCCACAGGGAAGGAUCGAACAAUAUAUGACCCUGCGACCCAUGCAACGGUGGUCGGGAUGAGGAAGACGCUCGUCUUCUACAUGGGACGAGCGCCCAACGGCACCAAGACCAAUUGGGUCAUGCAUGAGUUCCGACUCGAAUCACCACUCGCACCGCCUGUGAAGGAAGACUGGGUGCUAUGCAGGGUUUUCCACAAGAAGAAGGGAGUCGAGAAUAAUGAACAAGAGUACAACAACAACAACAACAAUAACUCCUCGUCGUACUUGGAAGUGUCUCCUCCUCGUCAAAUGCCCCUCCAACACGAAUGCUGCACGGCAGCGAUGAUGAUGAUGAUGCCAUCAAAAUCAUCCUCCCACAAGUUGUAUGCCCUGGGUGAAGAGGGAAGCACCUCGAAUAACACAUUCUUCCCUGACUUAACGCCAUUGCACUACAACUUCAUGGAGAUGGAGGAGGAGGUGGGGUCUAGGGGAAUUGGUGGGGCCAUGGACCAAUAUGGACUAAUGCUGGAUGUGGAAUUUAUCGAAGACCAAGAUUUGAUCACGAAUCUGGAAGAAAAGGAUCAAAUUUUAUUCUGAUUGUUGAUUAUUAUUAAUAAUAAUAUUAAUGUACUUAGCUGUUAAUUACUCAGCAUUGACUCACUUAUUUAGUUUUAGAUUGCGUGUUAGUUAAUCAAGUGUAAUGGAGAUAUGCAUGAGUGACUGUUUAUGUAGAUGGAGUAUAGGUUUGGCAUUGUUCCGUGUAUAGAUAGAUAUGUUGUAAGGGAAAUUCUCGUCUUAUGUUCAAAACACUUAAUUAACAAUGGAUAAUUAUUUGGUGUAAUUAAUCUGGCAAUUUUCUUUUUGUUUGCAAUUUAACAUAUCAAUUAAUUAAUGUUUGCUCAAA